UGAAAAACAAUGAGCUAAAGAAGAAGGUUGAAGAUGUUUGUGUGUACGCGUUCAAAGAAGACAAACUGAAUGCUGCUCUUCGGCGUGACGGACGAUUCAUCAAUGCCAUAUUCAAGAAACAGUGUGCACUUUAUAACUUGGAGAGCGAGACAAAAUAUGAAAUGUCAAAGACCGUAGAGCAUCUGGAUGGAAAUCAUUUUGAGAUCAUUGUUAUCAGUGACAACAACCAGCCAGAUAGCCAAGAUUUUCAAGAUGGUGUCUUGAGUGAUGACAGCACUGAAAUGAAAGAAGCUUCAGCUGCUGAUUUGAAAGAAAAUGUUGAUACUAAUGAACAUCCCAUCAACACUGAACAAGAAGAAACACAGAAGAGAAACACAAUGAAAUCCACAAAUCCUGCAACUAAUUCUCCUGAAAUAAUUCCACACUCGGAAGAGAUUCUAGCAAUUCUUCGUGCUCAGUUUAAAGAUUUACAGGAGACAUUAAAGCAGAGAGAGAACCUGAAGAACAAAUCUGAUAUCCAAAAGUUCUAUAGAGCAGAAUAUGAUAAAUGUGUUCAGAGUUUCUUGGAAGUAAAGAAAGUGAAGCAGCUCAUGAGACUCUCUGACUCUGUGUGUCAGAUUCGAGUGGAGGGAUCCGCCAGAGGAACUGGCUUCUUACUCUUUGACAGAUUCAUCCUCACUAAUGCUCAUGUUAUUGGAAAAUUUGACCCUUUCACCAGGAAACUUUCAAAGACCUUCACAGCAGUAUUUGGCUAUGAAGAUCUGGAAGCAAAGGAGACCAAGUGUGUGCCGGUCAAGGAACAUCUUGCAGCGUACCAUCAUGGAAAGACCAACACGGGCCCAUAUCUUGACUUUGCUCUUCUUGAACUGAAAGAUGCUGAUGAAAUCGCUGACUGUCCUGGACUGCUCCGUCGAUACAUUCAUGGCCCCCCUCCUAACCGUGGUGGGAUCUGCAUUGUAGGACAUCCGGGUGAAGGGGUCAAGAAAAUAGACCCCUGUUUCAUCAUUGGGAAAGAGAAUCUACAAGAGGCUGCAGAUAAACACAUCUCUGAGAAUGUCAAUUUCAUUCACGUGAUGACACAGCAGUCUCUGGCAGAGAAAUGGGAAAUGCAUGACAACCAGAUCAUUUAUAACUCUUGUUUCUUUCACGGAUCUUCUGGCUCUCCAGUUUUUGACGAAGACGGCUAUCUGAUUGGCGUGCACACCGGUGGCUACGCGUACAAAGGAGAAAACUGUAAAACUAGGAGCCUUAUGGAAUACGCCUAUUCCAUGCAGCCCAUCCUGGAAAGCAUCAUCACACAGGCCAAGAAAAGUGAGAGAUCCGACAUCUUGAAAUUACUCUCUGAAUAUAAAUCUUCAAAUCUUAACUUGGAAGACAAUGAUGUGGACAUGAAAGAAGAUCCACAAAAUCAGGAAGAUUUUAUAUGAGUAAUGGGACAGUACAGUCUUGAGUCCUGAUUGAUGCCGAAUCCAUCUAUUU